GCUUAACAUUACACUUUUGUUAAGAGUAACAACAUACAUCUAAAAUCUCAUAACAGAGGAUAGAAAUCGUACCCACUGCAAAAACCAGAUACUCAAAUUAGUCCACUUCACGACAACAGAUUAAUGGGCCUUUAAGUAUAUGGACAUGGGCCUUUGUCAGUUAUAAGUCUCCCUUAACCAGUUGACUUGUGUUCCCUCUAACUUUAACAAAAGAUUGUUCCUGAGAAAUUCUAGGGUUUCUGAAAUCGAGGAGAGAUCCAAUCGGCAAUGGCGAAUCAAGUGAUCACCGGAAUCAAAGAAACAGCUCAGUCAAUUACUGGAGCGGCUCGUCCAUGGGGCGAUUUCCUCGAUCUUUCCGCCUUCAGCUUCCCUUCCUCCAUCGCCGAUGCAACAACUCGCGUAACUCAGAACCUGACUCACUUCCGCAUCAACUACAGUAUCAUUCUCUCUAUCCUCCUAGGUCUAACCCUAAUCACACGUCCAAUCGCCAUCCUCGCGUUUAUAGCCGUUGGCUUAGCUUGGUUCUUCCUCUACUUCGCUCGCGAGGAGCCACUCACGAUCUUCGGAUUCACUAUUGAUGACGGCAUCGUCGCUGUGCUUCUCAUUGGUCUUUCGAUUGGGUCGCUAGUUACCACCGGAGUUUGGCUCAGAGCUCUCACCACCGUUGGAUUUGGUGUUCUGGUUUUGAUCUUACACGCUGCGUUAAGAGGAACGGAUGAUCUUGUGAGUGACGAUCUGGAAUCACCUUAUGGACCGAUGCUCUCUACCUCUGGCGGUGGUAACGACGGUGCUCGUGGUGAUUACAGUGGAAUCUGAUCAACACGAUUUGAUAAUGAGUUUGGGGAUUUAGGGUUUUGUUGUUUUGUAAAUUGUCAUUGUUUGUUUUGUGUCCCAUUAAACAUUGUUAAUGACAAAAUAUGUUUUAAGACGAAAACCGGUUUAGAGGAAGAGGAUUGAUGUUACCCGUCUGUGAGAUGAUAUGGUUUCGGUCUCCCAAAACUGUUCUCUUUUGGUUUUUAUGAACCUUGUUAAAGGAGAAGAAAAGGUUUGAAUCCAUAAAGAGACAAGAACAGAGUACACAACUUUCUUCAUUCAAUCUGAUGAUUCAUAGUAGCGCCGAGCAAACUCAAUCAAGAGCUCAAGCUUUAAAGCCAGCAUCCGAACACAAAGCCAUUAUUGUUUUGACAAAACACUUGUAGCCACAACCUCAUUUAUCGGACAAAUAUCUUCACUGGUAACUCAUAUUUCGCAUUCCUUCAUGUUUGGUGUUGAAAAUUUCCAUCACAU